GGGGGCCGGUUGCCGGGCGGCGGCGGCGCAGCAGCCGGUGCCAUGCCGGCCAAGAAGUCCUUCCGACGGCGGAGGGAGGACUCCGAGGAGGAGGAGGACGACGAGCAGGUCGCUGAGGAGGUCAGGUUAAAAGUUGAGGAAGCCAAGGAAGUUCAGAGCCUCAGAAAGCGACCCAAUGGGGUGAGUGCUGUAGCUCUGCUUGUGGGAGAGAAGUUGCAAGAAGAAGCAACGCUUGUGGAUGACCCAUUUAAGAUAAAAUCUGGGGGCAUGGUGGACAUGAAGAAGCUGAAAGAAAGAGGCAAGGACAGGAUUAAUGAAGAGGAUGAUCUAAACUUGGGAACUUCCUUCUCAGCUGAAACCAACAGGCGGGAUGAAGAUGCUGACAUGAUGAAGUAUAUUGAGACUGAGCUGAAGAAGAGAAAGGGAAUUGUGGAGAACGAGGAACAGAAGGUGAAGCUCAAGAAUGCCGAGGACUCUCUGUACGAGCUGCCUGAGAACAUCCGUGUCUCCUCUGCCAAGAAGACCGAGGAGAUGCUCUCCAACCAGAUGCUGAGUGGCAUUCCUGAAGUGGAUCUGGGAAUUGACGCAAAAAUAAAAAACAUCAUCUCAACUGAAGAGGCCAAGGCCAAGCUGCUGGCAGAGCAGCAGAACAAAAAGAAAGACAGCGAAACUUCCUUUGUUCCCACCAACAUGGCUGUUAACUAUGUCCAGCACAACAGAUUUUAUCAUGAGGAGCUAAAUGCACCAGUGCGAAGGAACAAAGAAGAGCCAAAGCCCCGUCCACUGAGAGUGGGGGAUACGGAGAGGCCAGAACCUGAGCGGUCUCCUCCAAAUCGCAAACGUCCAGCCAAUGAAAAAGCAACAGAUGAUUAUCACUAUGAGAAGUUCAAGAAAAUGAAUAGGCGAUACUAAUGAAGAUGGACUGAAGUCUUUGCAGUUGUUCUUAUUUUUCACUAAUAAAGGAUUUUGUG